AGGAUGCAGCGCGAGCCCGCAGCAGCCGACAGAAGGCUAAUAACCAUGCCAACCGAGGAACGUCCGGAGAACAGCGGCCGGAGCGACACCUGAAACCGCGGACGGGAGGACGAGAGCGAGGAGCCUGCAGCACGAGAGGAGAAGCAGCGGGAGACGCGCCAGCCUCUCCGUGGCGUGGUCCCUCUUCCACCCCCUCCUCCUUCGCCUCUGUCACGGACUGCGCCGCUGCAGCUGAAUGCGACUCAGCCAGUAGCAAUGAUUCUCACCUUCGCCGCAGCAGCAGCCAUGGGUGGCGGCGCUGGGAGCAGCUUCAACUUUUCCUCCCCCCUAGACCCUGUGGACUCCCCCACUUCAUGGAACCUCUCCGAGGAACUGUCCAACUCCUCUUCAGAACCAGUCGUACGAACUCUGACCCCUGAUCUGAAGCCUGCAACCACUGCUCUGGCGGUGCAAGAGGUCAGCCCCUGGGACAUUGCGCUGUGUGUGACGGGAACGCUCAUCUCUUGCGAGAACGCUCUAGUGAUCGCCGUGCUGUUCUACACGCCAACUCUUCGUGCACCGAUGUUUAUCUUGAUCGGAUCCCUCGCCGUCGCAGAUCUGAUGGCUGGCCUGGGCCUCAUUUUGAACUUUGUCUUCACCUACCUGAUCGACAGCUCUGUGGAGUUUGUGACACUGCUGUCUGUCGGCCUGCUCAUCUCAUCGUUUUCUGCGUCCGUCCUCAAUAUCCUGGCUAUCACGGUGGACCGCUACUUGUCGCUGUACAACGCGCUGACCUAUCACACUGAGAGGACGGUGACUUUCACGUACGUAAUGGUGGUCUUCAUCUGGGUGUCAUGCUUCACUCUGGGCUUGCUGCCAGCGCUGGGCUGGAACUGUCUAGAGGAUGAGUCUACAUGCAGCAUCUGUCGUCCCGUCACCAAAAACAAUGCCGUGGCGCUGGCUGUCACCUUCCUCCUAGUCUUUGCUCUCAUGAUGCAGCUGUAUCUACAAAUCUGCAAAAUCGCCUUUCGCCAUGCCCAGCAAAUCGCAGUGCAGCACCAGUUUGUGGCCAUCUCCACCACCAAAGGUGUCUCCACGCUCUCGGCCAUCCUGUGUGCCUUUGGGGCGUGCUGGCUCCCGUUUGCCAUGUACUCCAUUGUGGCCGACUACAGCUACCCUGUCAUCUACACGUACGCCACAGUCCUCCCGGCCACCUGCUGGUCGGUCAUCAACCCCAUCAUCUAUGCGUUUCGAAACCCAGACAUCCAAAAGUCACUCUGGAUGGCAUGCUGUGGAUGUGUCCCCUCCAACCUCUCCUUCAGACCCAGGACCUCCAGCGACGUGUAGCAAUUAAGACUAGCUCUGUCGACGUCUCACUUUGAAUCGGUAUUGUUGGAGAAGAAGACAACACGGGGAAGAAGAGCGAGCAGAACGGUUCGGAGGAUGCUCCGAUCUCCCUUCUCAUAACAGGGUUGGGGUGCCAAAGAUAACGGUGACUGGUGGUGGAGCCAGACAAAAAGUUCCUGAAGAAGAUCACGUCCAGGCUAUUGCUCAAAGAAUAUCAGCACACUGACGUUGAUGGUUUGAAACCAACUGCAAAAUCCCCUGACAAAGGUAACCUCCGAGCUCGUGGUGAUAGUUGCUGGGAGUGUCUACUUUUUCCACUACAAGUGGCAGUAGUAGCGGUGACGGAGGUUGAACUGCUGUGGCGGUAUUUGUCCUGAACGUGCACAGAGCCUGAUACUACUACACCGUUAUGCAAUUGCAGCGUGAAAGAAUCCUAAAAUAGACAAAGAUGAGCUAAAUAUACACAAUAAUACCCUUUCAAUGAGCUAAAUCUGUCCCAGUGAAACACGUUUAUUGUUUAUGUGCUUUGAUCGUGUUCUGUUUGUAUGGAGGUUGAAAAGAAUGUGACAUAUAGGUGUCUAGAAGUGGAUGAAACUGAACCGUCAUAAUCACUUUUAGUUCUGCCAAAAGCACAAUUAUUGAUUUUCCCAAAGCUAGACGCACAAUUGAAAGCACAUGAGACUCGUGUCGUUUAUAUCAUGAAACCCCCCUACAGGGAAAUGGCAAAGGUAUUGUCUGUCCUUGAUUGAAUGAAACGUGCUUUAAGAAAGCCUGAUUUCCAGCCACUGUGCUGUGACUGUGAAGCACAGUGGAAUACAGCACCAAGGACAGCGCUGCAGUUAAGCUGCUUUGGGAAUGCGCUUUGCUUUGAUCACUGAAGAAAAACACUAACUUUGUAAUGGUUAUUGACCCCGCAAUGUCAUUGAUGCCAGGGAAUUCAUACUGGAUCAAACACCUAAGCAGUGGCAAAUACAAUUACAGUGCGUCGGCUGAAAAGUCAUUAAUUUACUGCUUUUCUAUUUUUCGAGCUUCCGCUUUCAGUCCAUUUUCCUAUAUUUGACGAUUGGAAAAGCCUUUGUUCAGUUCAAAAUCCUUAUGGGGACCUUGUGGCUGGAAAUAUAACUGCUGUGUUGUCACGUUUUCCAUGCCAACAAGAGAGUCAAAUCACACAUUAUCCCAAGAUACUCUCCUGUUUGUUAAUUCACAUCAGCAAACUGAGACGUCCCAUCAGUUGUGCGCACAUGUUGGUGUCCUCUCAGGAAAGUUCUACAUGUCGGAAGAAUGCGGCUCCACGAAGAGCCACUCUUCAUUGCCCUAGUAUUGUGUAGAAUAGUGGGCAUGGGAUCUGCAUCGGCAGAGUAGCAGAUUUCUAUAUUUAGAGACAUUCAAACCUCUUUGUACAAUUGAUUACCCAUUACCUUGAGCAGAGUGCAAUCUGUAUCGACGGGAUAUUUUUCCGACAAGCAUUUUCUUAGCUGCAGUCGAAUAGUUCUGCCAAAACUGUGUCUGAUUGGGUUCUGUUUUCAUGUACAGGAUACUGUUUCCCAUACUUACAUAAUCCUGGGCACUCAGGAAUUGAAUACUCAAAUGUGUAUACGUGACGCCACACAGUCUAUGUUCGUGUUGUCAGUAGCUAGAGUUCCACUGCAAACACACACGCAGACCUGCCAUCACACACAAAGCUUUUAAAAAAGAAAAAGGCCCUGAAGGCUGGUGGGUUAAUGAGAAACAAGCGGGGUGAGGUGACGCGGCGUGAAAUAGAAACGUCAGCCGAGACGUGCUUUAGCACAACCUCAGGUCAAGUCCCUCACACCUAAUCAAGAUGAAGUUAUUUCCCCACUGAAAGGACGUCUUGUUACUAAAAUUCAGUGUAAUGUUAACAGCGUUCCUUGACAGUGGUGCUGAGAAUUGCUCUUAUGCAGAUAAGAAGAAUUCACCAACGUUCUCAACUCAAACUUAAAGCGUCUUCAGUAAUACUAGCUGCUCUCCAAAACCCUUGGAGAAAGAUGAAGUGAACAGACGCUACAUUCCUUUGGGAUGGUUGAUACGUUUCACCUGUACUAAACCAUGCCACGGCAAGAGUUUCAUGUCCAAUUGCUGAGGACGCUUAUGCGUAGUCUGGGCUCACGCGAUGAUUUUCCGACACGUACAUUGCCUUUUAUGGUUGGUUAACACAGACACUAGAGUUGCGGGGGUAUAGUUAUAACAUUAAGCCAUCGAGGAUGACUUUCAAACAGUCAGAGCCUUUCCUUUUUUUUGGCGUGCAGACCAUUCAGAUGAGCUGUUCAUCAUGCAGUAAACAGCUCUAGCUUUGGGAAAAUGAGGUCACAAAAAUGCAGGUUGGAACUGAAAAAUCAAACAAACCCCUAGUGAGUUUGAACUUUCAUGGCCUUACUAAGAAAAUCUCUCGGCAAUAACAACCAACUGUUUGCUGUGGUUAGAAGGGAAGAAGAAAGAGGGGGGGUCGGCGUAGGAAGCCAGCACCCUGAAUAAAAGGUCAACUUGCAUUAAAGUAGGACAUCUAAAAGUAAGCGGGUGCUCUACUUACAUUUUCAAGAGAGUUCCAGAUGUGCUCAGAGCAUGACUGAUAUUACCAGCCAUAUGUUGGGAUAUUCACAUGAGAAAGUCUGAUCUGGUUUCCCACUUCCCUCUCUCACUUCUUCUUCUUCUUCUUCUUCUUCCUGUGCCCUGUUGAUGAACUGCCAGGUGUAAACAAAGACGUGCUUCCCUUACAAGGGACAGUGCUUCCAGUUUAUUAUCCAAAUCUGGAUGGAGUUCAUCCCUAUUUCUGGCAUGCUCGGUGAAGUGCUGCUGCUCUGCGUGGGGUCAUGAAUCACCAGCAGCGUCAGGCAAAACUAAUCAAACGCCGAGAGCUAAAUGAAUCCAUUUCACGCUGGAAUCUAAUGCAGAGGCGACUGGCACACAGUUCUCCUGUGUGCACAAUGAUGUGUGACAUUUGCAAAGUGGCACGUGUUUGGAGAUGCCAGAUUUAGUGCAAGGAACAAACGGCUGCAGAGGAGUCUCACGUGAAAACACGAUCUCUGCAGCUAUUGCUCAUACGCCUCCUGCCAGUCAUGACGGAAGAUAUCAGGCAUUGAGGAAGCAUGGCGACACAUGUAUUUGCAUAGGAAAUCACCUCCACUCAGUCGUUCGAUCCAAGUCAUUCUGACCCCGUAGCGUUAGUCAGGUGCCAGGCUAAUGCUGUCUGCUAUUGAUCAAUUAAAGUGGAGGCAGUGAAGGUGAAAGCAACUACAGAAUGCAUCAGUUCAGAGCUCUUAGUCUGUUUCGUUUCCUGUUUUGUGGUCAAGACAUAAGGUCAUGGCUGGAAGAGAGUAAUAAACAACACACUGACAAAGUUUCCAGUAGUUGCUGCUAUAUGAACGUGUAUAACAGUUGGAAAGCAAUUCAGCAACAGGGACACUUUUAUCACAGCCGGCGGUUUUAUGAAGACAAACGGCGUCGUGCUAGGAACCGUUCAUUUAUUUUCACAUGUGGAGUCACAGGCUUAAUACUUGUGUAAUUACCAUUCUGACAGCUGUAUUCUGCACAUUAUCCAAAUUGUCCUAAAAAACAAGCUUCUGAGUUUUACUCCACAACUCAAUAAGUGAUACAUUUGAGAUGAGAUUUGCCUUUUGGGGAAUUUUCACCUCAACCAUUACAGACUCUCUCUCUGGUCCGAGUUCAGCUGAAAGCAGAAAGAUGACUAAAAACACAAUCUGUUCGUGCUCUGUCACCUGUGAAGUCUCCCGCGUUCACAGAGUGUAAAUGUUCCAUCACUUUCCCAUCUGGCAUUUCCAUGUGCAGUCAAGGUUUUAGCGAUUAAUAACACUCAUCUGUGAAUAUGCCACAGCUCAGUCAACUGUUCCUGGGGCAGGAGUGGAGCGCUGUGUGUGUGUGUGUGUGUGUCCCAGAGAUCAUAGCCAAUUGUAAUGAACCAUUACUCACUCUAUAAACACGAUCUCAGCCACUGUAAUCUGAAAAAAAAAGACAAAAUAUCUGUACAAGUGAGUUAUUUUCUUACGCAGUGCUGUACAGAAAUGUAUAUUUUUGUAAUGUUCAUCAGGGCAUGAGUUGUAGGACGUGAUUGCUGGUGUGAGUUUGUGUGUUUGCGUGUGUAUUUUGCUCUUCUGUGUUCUUCCUGAUGAUUUGUGGAGGAGAAGGGAUCAAAGGUUUUAAAAAGUGCCAUACUUUUCUGACUUUCUAGUGUCUUAUAUUUGUGUUCCUGCAUGUUUAUCAGAAGAGAAAUGGUCGGUGACGGUGACAUCCUUUACUGUAACACCAGGCAGCGUCAUAAUCUGCUUUCCUAAAAGAACUAUGUGUUUGAUGGGAGGGGGGGGGCUGUGCAGCGUGUGGGUGUGUGGGCUGUGUUGUACGUCACUGAGUCAGGUUACCGGUGACGUCAUUUUGUCUGAGUCGUGCCUAAGAGAGCAGGACGUUUCAAAGACAUUCCUCCCUCUGCUUCAUUUUCAAAACUCCCCCUCCUUGUGUCACGCCACAUCUUUCUCUCGUGUGCACUGCAACACAUGCCUUGGUUUUCUUGUCCUCUUUGCCUCUUUGCACCAGACUCUUUUUUUUUUUGUCCUCAGCCAUUCGGUAGAAGUUCUGCACACGCCAUCCACAGUCAUAUCAAGUCCUAGACUCAGAUGCCAUGAUUGUGGGUCAGUUGUGCGUUUUUGAAAAAAUAUGAAUGGCAAUAACAUGCAUAUCCAGCAAUUUCAAAGUAUAUUGCCAUCUACUAUUAGACCAGUUCAGACCUUUUUUUUGCACAAGCACACGUCAAUCAUUUUAUAGUUUCUACCUCUAUCAUUCAUAACUAUUUUUUUAAACAUUCAUUUAUGAGCACAAGUGCAGGGUUAUGGGCGGAUGCUGCAGAGAACCUGCAAGACAAGCCAACCAUGCCAGUGAUUGUAGAAGGUGACUUCCUCAAGGCUGCCAGAGAUUGUCAAUCACGAAUUAAAACCAUCAUAGAGCUAAUAUUUGGACCAGGUAUGGCCUUCAGCAAUUCUGUUUCUUCAUCAAUAUGUGGGUCCAGAGCGUAGCAGGUGUCACGGGUUGAGCAACCUCUAGAUGAGGCUGUGAAUGGGUCAUGAAACUGUGAUGUCAGAGACCUGAUACGGUGUCCUUAACAAUGAUUUUUGUUCUGUGCUCGUGUUCUCUUAUGUUGUGAGAUGCUGGGUAAUGAUUAAAAUGCACUUUAUCGAGAUGGACGUUACACAUUGCACUUGUAAAUGUCGAAUGUACAACCUUGAAAAGAAAGAUUUAUUUUUACUAUUGUAAAUAUGUGAGCAGAUUUAAAAACAUAAAAGAAAAAAAUGGGACAAAUUUGCCAAAUAAACAACAAAGAACAAAAAAAAAAUAUGAAAAGUUGUUAUGUUUCUGUGAGUGUUUGGUUGAACGUGGUUGUGGGUGUUUUCCUGACAUUGUGUGAUCUGUGUGGGAGGAUUGUGUGUGUGUGUGUGUGUGAGUCAAUAUCACAGGUCACCGAAGUGUUAAGGAAAGCCUAGGAGUUGAUAUAAAACAAUGAAUUAUUAAAUUGCUCUUCUUGCGUAACACAAGGGCAAUGGACAUCAGUCGCAGUGAGAGGGAGAAUCCAAGAGGACAAGAGGUGGCUGGAGUAAAACUCGUAAAAUGCAUUGACAUUAAGUGAGUGAGUCAAUAGAAAUGCAGUAAAAAAAACCAACCCUACAGCAAGUCACUUUUAUACCGUCCAAUGAACAUCAUCGCUCAAGCUAGUCGUCUGGAGUCACUUAUAUCGUGCCUGACUGGGGAUAGAACCUGAACAUUUGCGCUUUCCAGAUCUUGCUCAAUGGUCCUGACAGAGAGUUGAAGGGCACUACUCUGUAGUGAUGGGCUCACAAGGCUUCAUGAAGUCAUUCUCAGAGCCCACUAGAUGGCAUUAUUGACACUAAAGUCUUUGGAUUUGA